UGCAGCAAAUGUGAAGGCCGCCAGCAUUUGAAACGUAUUUCCGGUCGUUCAGCCGGUUUAGGGAUAUCUGUCCAUACGGAACGUUUUGGAGUGUUUACAAUACAAGAGGGAUUUUUGCGGACAGUUUUCCCAGCAGGAAUGUCGACCAUGAGACAUUUUGCAAUGACGUGACGCCGCAUGUGGGAGCUGAAAGUACAACAUCAUGGAAUCACUUUCUACAUUAUGCACGUAUUACUGAAAAACGAUAAUCCUAGCCUCUCCUAUUUUGAAUAGCAUGCUAUGGAAACGCACCAGUCUCAUCAACUUGAACGACAGUUCUGAUUUAUUAAAACUUGAACAGUUUCGCGCUGGAUGAGAAAAACAACUUUAAAGCAUUACAAAACACUUGAUUAUGUCUGUUGAUUCUUACAGUCCAUCUGUUAUGGUAGAUUCUAGCCAUUCACUCAUACAUCACUCAAAUGUUUCCAUCGACAGUCUCGUACAUUCUGGCGAUGAUUUCUUCUUUGAUGAUGACGAUAUAAGGAUGACUUCCAUUGGUCCAGAUAACCUUAGCAAUAGUUUGGAAGUGAUGAUAAACGAGUGUAGGGAAAACCCGGCUGAGAAACAUACAGAAACGGACAAGGAAACAAAGACAAAUGAAAAAUGUAGUAAAGACAGUUUAGAAAAUUCUCUGAGUGAUGAGCAGAAACGCGACUUUAACGGGAACAAUGAAAAGUAUGAAUACGCAAAAGUUAACACGCAAAAUUCGACCGACCAUAGCCAGAGACAAAAGAAAAGUCGUAUACCAAAAAGUAGAACAUUCGAUUCUCAAAAGUCGCCAUAUCACAGUCGAUGCGUGGAAGACAAUUUCGCAGACGACAACAUGAGUAACCUAAGCACUUCCACGUCAACGAUAAGCACUAACAGGACCGGAACUGGUUUAGAGAGUAGAAACCACAUGUUUCUUACGUCACAAGAAUGCAUGUUAGUGCCCGGAUGUUCGUUGCCAAGGGACACCAUCGCGAGCAGACUGAGGUAUGAGAAACAACUUUCUGGCGAGUUUUCCGACGGUCCUUACAAGACGCCGUCCCAGAGGAAAGACGUAUUGAUCAGAGAUCUGAGGAGACAAAUUCGGGAGUUCAAGGUUCUCUGUGAGGAGAAGGACAGGGAGAUCAAUAUGUACAGGACGAAUAUUGACGAUAAAACGUCCAAGAUUGUCGAGAAGAAGGAUGCCGAGAUCAGCAAACUUCGCGAGGAGAUGAACAAGCUACAGAGGAAUUACGACGACAUCUCCAACUUCUGUGAGGAGUCGGUUGCUGCCGCCUCCAUAUUGGAGGAGAAGACGGAGCACCUCAAGGUAAACGAUUCUCAAGCAAUGGAUGAUCGAGAGAAGCAGCACCAGAAGAUCUACCUUGAAAUGUACAAGAAAGGGAAGGAUUGCGCCAGGAUAGAACGAGAGGAGGAGCUUCAGCUGGAGGUUUUGGCUGCGGAGGGCCAGUGUUCUACGAUGACCAUAUCAGAAUUGGUGCGGAAGCUGGCCUGGACAGAAUUGGAGCUCGCCAAGUGGCAAACUCUGAAGAGACAGGAGAGCUACAACGACGCUGUGGCGCCGGAAAGUGAGAGUUACGCAACCUUGCGCUUCCUGAAGGAUUCUUUCUUCCAUUACAUCACGGAUGAGAAGGACUCCGACCACCACAUGAGAGCGAUUAUCAAGAUAUUCAAGUAUACAGAGCCACAGAUGAAUAAGAUUAGGGCCAGUAAGAUAGUUAUAGAGUUGGAGAAACGAUAUAAGAAGAAGUCUAAAAGAAAGUGAUAAGCAUUAUUUCAUAAUUGCAAUAUACUGAUAUAAUUUCUCUGUGUGUGUGUGUGUGUGUGUGCGUGUGUGUGUGUGCGUGCGUGUAGAACGAAAGUGUAUUCGAAUAAGGUCAUUACAGGUUUCUAGAAUUUAAGUACUUGCCCUGUUUUAAAGUGUUCUAAUCGGGUGCUGCUUUAUGAUGUAAUUUUCUUUGAGCAUUUGUUUGUGAAAUGUUACACAUGUUUAUCCCUUUACAAUUUCAAUAUUUAAGAUUCCAAUGCCUUAUAUACUGUAUCUUUGGUCAACCAUUGUCACUUUUCGUUUGACACCUUGUUUCGCUUGGUUGCGAACGAAAAACUUCAUAUCAUUUCCCAUAUGCGAGCUCUCAUUUACACAUGAAAUAUUAUAUGUGUGUGACUUGCUUUUGCUAUUGUACUGUAAAAAUUAAACACAACUGUAAGUUGUUGUUUUUUCAUUUCAUAUUAUGCAAUAAUUCACUGGAAAAUUUGAACUAUCUCUGUGUUGUAACGGGGUUGUGAUGGUUCUAAUUAGAAUUGCUAAUUGCGUCUUAUUUGUUUUGAUCAAAAUAUUUCAUCUAGUCUUUCUUUGGUGUUUAUUCAAAUUAUACGUGUUGUUUUCUGACAGAUCAUACAUCAAUAAAACGCUGAAAAGAUUA